AUGGCCUCCGACAAUCGGAAUAAACUCGCUCGGACAAUGGGUCAGUUGGCGGAAGCAGGAUUCCGCCCGGUAUGGUCAAGAGAGCAUGGAUACCCGGGAACGAUCCCCGAGGAUAUCGGAGAGUACAUUGACAGCAAUAGCUAUCGAUUUGAUGAACUGAUCGGCCCAUUGAGUAGCAUUUUUUGGCUCGCAGGCCUUGAUGAGCUGGUCGAUGCAAUUAACGACCCAGCGAUUGCCCUCGAAGAUGAGGUGCGACUCAUCCCAACAAAUGUCGGUGUACGAUGGAUCUUGGAGCAUCUGUUCGAAGAGGACAAACUUCCAGCAUCGAUGUACGAUCGGUAUUUCUUUGGAUACAAUCAGCCGCCUGUUGUUGUUAUGCCAGUCCGGCCUGAUCCCAUCCCACUUCAGAAGACACUCCCUCACCUCCGCCCCAGCGCCCGAAUCUUUCUUCUUUCCUCAACUCUCUGUCACGCUUCCACAAUUGGCCAUCCCUAUCUCAUUUACUUAACCUCUAAGGGCCCUGUCAAGCAGAUGGUCCACGUUCUCGCUAAGGACCUCGGCCCCAAGGAUAUCACCAUCAACGCCGUCGCCCCAGGUCCGACUGAUACUGAGCUUUUCACACCAGGCAAGCCAGAACCCGUGCUGAAUGCCAUGAAGAAUCUGAGCCCGCGGGGACGCUUAGGUACACUCGAAGAGAUUGUGGAGACCUCGUUAUUUUACAGGGUAGGUUGUACGCAUGAAUGGCGGCAUGGCCUAAAUGGAAUGCCGAAGGCGCGUAGAAGCCCGCUUAUUGCCUCCCACGACGCGCUAUACAGACCGAGGCCAGCUUACAAGAUAGAGGCCCAAAUUCUAUCCCUCGCCCCCAAGGAAAAGUGUGAAGAUGGCCUGUGA